CGUCACUAAACGCAAGGAAGGCCAUGCGUAACGUGGCCAAACACACGACGCACCACCACUCACUCGGCACUUCCCAUGCCUUGUCGAAGCGUCCACGUCGGUGGCGUAUAGUUGGGGUGGGCGACACAUCGAAGAAGAAUCGAUUGUACAUCACCGCCCCACAGUGGCUCGUACGGCGUCGCCCCCUUCCCUCCUCCCCUUCCAUACACCACGACGUCUUCGAGUGAACGCCAGAAGAAGGUAGCGGCGGGGACGGCCCUUGGAAUUGGAAGGUAGCCAUAUACGCUGUCCAUGGCUGGCUCUAUAGCGUGCGUCAGCACCAGUUGAGAUGAGCUGCCGCGUUGCACGUACUAGCAAGCGCAAGCUCUUUCGUUGCUAGGAAAUAGCACCCUUCAGGAGAGAGUCGAGCGAUAAAACAGAGCGCGGAAACGCGAGUUGCUCGUUAUAUGGAUUGUAUUGCACUCGCGGUUCUGCUUCGUCGCGUACACGCCGCUGCUCCAGUGCCAGCGAUGCCGAAGACCAAGAGCGAGCUACUGAUUGUACUCGUUUUAACAGCCGUCGUCACGGGCGCGCCUCCUCACCAGUGCAAGCCCGAACCAACACCUAACUGCUCACUCGUAUUCCCCAGCAUUUUGUUCUUGAACCCGUGCCAGUACGUGUGCUUCGAGCGACUCCUGCUGCCCAGCAUCACCGUCAGAAAACACAACGAUGGGACACUGUGCACGCCCGCUUUCGGCUUCUUGGGCAUUGGAACCUGCCACAACGGCACCUGCGUCCAGCCCGCGUCUCACGGGCCCUCGACGGUGCAGCCGGUGACUCGUAGUCCUCCAAGGGGCACAUUCUUGCCGAGAGACUUGCUGACGCCCUCAGAGCAUGCACACCCCUCGACAAUCGUAACAGGAACCACGGAUCACACCGAUCGCUCAACGGCCGCUACUGAGGAGCGCACUGCAGCGACUUCUCGACCAACUCACAGAAUGCCUUGAAUCACGCACAAGUUCCUAUUAUUGCGUUUUCGAUCUUUUUUUUCCGUUGGAAACUGUAUACCGAGCCCUCUAAAUCGCAUGUAUACGAUUGCAACAUUGCCUGUGUUUCUCCUGCGCACGGCUCUAUCGUGUAGGGUUGUUUUUUAUUUUUAUUUUUUUUUUGCUCGCUGCACCUGUGCAGAAACAUUGUUUAUGAUUCAGCACAGAUGAGAAAUGAGUGAGAAUUUAUAAACAAGGCAUAUUGUGCUGCGAACGAUACUGGCUCUUUGCGAGCUUACCCCUGCGUUGUAGUGUAUUGCCGAUAUUUAAAAAAAAAUAAACGAAGUAGUACAGUUAUUGCUUCGGUAUCUCUUUUCUUUUUUCGUAAUUUCGCUAGGUGAAGGAUUAAAACACGAAGUGAACAAUAAAAAUACGAAGUAAACAUUAAACGUAAAGGACUCAUCGACUCCGAGUUUAACGUCACGAGCUAUCGAAGCACUACUAAUAUAAUGCACCUUUGAGAAUAUUCAUGGGUUGUACCGCAAGCAAAAUGAAACUGCAAAAGCCAAUAAAGUACG